AUGCCUUUUUCGAAAAAGAGGCGCAUAGUUUUCAUAUUCACACUAUUCAGUGUUCUAUUUUGUAUAUAUCUCUACAACGGUUACUCAAUAUCUACACGGCAGGAGGCGCCGAAAGUAGAUCUAAACAAAAAUUACUUCUGGGCUCGGCUGCCUGAACGAUACCCUGUGCAGGUGCCAGUGCCUGUCCCAUCUCCUACUCCGAACAGUAUCCCGACGAUACAACAUGAUUUCCCCGCCGAGGAACUGUCUACACGCGCUAUACGAGAAGCGCGAUUAGAUGCAGUCAAGGGAAAUUUCACGCAUGCCUGGAAUGGAUACAGAAAAUAUGCGUGGAUGAGUGAUGAAGUUGCGCCUAUAUCUGGUGAAGCGCGUAAUCCGUUUGGAGGGUGGGCUGCGACGCUUGUUGAUGCGCUAGACACGUUGUGGAUCAUGGGCUUGUAUGAUGAAUUCGACGAAGCCGUUCUUGCCGUCGGAAAACUGGAUUUUACGACGUGCUCACUGGAAGAAAUCAACGUCUUCGAAACAACGAUUAGAUACCUAGGCGGGUUCCUAGGCGCUUACGACAUUAGCCAAGAGAAAUACCCCAUUCUUCUCCAAAAGGCAAUCGAGAUUGGUGAAAUGCUCUACAAGGCUUUUGACACCCCGAAUCGAAUGCCCGUUACACGAUGGAAAUUCAAGGAUGCAAAGGGCCAUCUCCCCCAAGCAGCCGGAGAGAAGGUCCUCGCUGCUGAGAUUGGGUCUCUGACGUUAGAGUUUACGAGGCUUAGUCAAUUGACUAAAGAUGCUCGGUGGUUUGAUGCAGUUCAGCGGAUCAUGGAUGUGUUUGGUGAGCAGCAGGGGCAGACCAAGGUUCCGGGUCUGUGGCCUGUGAUGGUCAGUGCAAAGACUCUAAAUUUUCAUGAGUUUUCGGGGUUUACGAUUGGAGGAAUGGCGGAUUCGCUUUAUGAGUAUCUACCCAAGCAACAUGUCCUCUUAGGGGGAGCCUCGCAUCAAUACAAGAUAUUAUACCUCGGCGCCCUUGCAUCUAUGAAACAUCACAUCUUCUUUCGACCCAUGACCAAAGAUGGGCAAGACGUGCUCCUACCAGGUGAUGUCUCAUGGUACGACCACGAUGGCGUGGCACGCCCCAGAAUCGAGCCAAAGGCUCAACAUCUCGGCUGCUUUGCGGGAGGAAUGGUUGCCCUAGGAGCAAAAGUGUUUGGGUAUCCAGAAGAUCUAUCUGUGGCUCGCAAGUUGGUGGAUGGUUGCAUUUGGGGUUAUGAGAAUGCACCGUUGGGUAUAAUGCCGGAAAUAAUACAUACAGUUGCUUGUGAAGAUCAAAGGGAUUGUCCUUGGGAUGAAUCGAAAUGGUAUCGUGAGGUUGAAAAUACUUUCUCUGAGAAUUCGGCGGAAGAGACUAUUCUAUCCCGACGUCUGGCGCCGGGCGUGUCGAAGAUUGAUGAUGGAAGAUAUAUCUUACGACCAGAAGCAAUAGAAUCAAUCUUCAUCCUCUACCGCAUAACCGGCGACCCAAUCUACCCCGAAAAGGCAUGGACCAUGUUCAACCACAUCAUCCAACACUCCAUUACAGACAUUGCGCAUGCCGGUCUGAACGACUGCACGGUUCCGAACCCACCGAAACAGGAUCGGAUGGAGUCCUUUUGGCUUGCAGAGACGUUAAAGUAUUUCUACCUGAUGUUCUCGGAGCCAGAUGUGGUUAGUUUGGAUGAGUAUGUGUUGAAUACGGAGGCGCAUCCAUUACGGCGACCUGUUUGA